UCAGAAGAAAACCCACAGCAAAUUCUUAUCACCUUUAGAAAAAUUCCAAAACAUGCAUGUUGAUCGUUCCAAACGAAAAUAGCUAUGAGCAGCCCUUUGUUCUACGAGUUGAAGAAGCAAGCCUCUUCCUUCUUGAAAGAGAAGAUUAAAACUGCUCGCUUGACGCUGACUAAUGUAACACCUGCACAACUAAUGACGGAAGAAGCUACAAAUGAAAAUCCAUGCCCGCCAGACACACGCACCAUUGGAGUAAUAUCAAGGGCUGCCUUUGAAGUUGAUGAUUAUUGGAGAAUUGUGGAGAUUCUACAUAAGAGGUUGUUGAGCUUCAAUAGAAAGAAUUGGCGAGGCUCUUACAAGGCUCUAAUUCUAUUGGAACACCUGCUAAGCCAUGGGCCAUUGAGAAUUGCGGAGGAGUUCGAGGGUGAUAAAGAUAUUAUCAAGGAGAUGGGGAGGUUUCAGUAUAUCGAUGAGAAGGGGUAUAACCGUAUAACUGGGGAUUGA